AUCAGUGAUGGCUAUAACGUCGGUGACGUCGACCGCUGAACACCGCCCGAACAAGGAGAGGGACAGACUUCGGCGGAAGUCGUGACAGAAAUCUAAAACCUCAAGACCUCCUUGUUCCAGAGGUUCAAUUUCCUCUUUGUUUUCUCAAUAAUGGAGUUAAAGUUCAAUUCACUCCUUUGUUUUUCAUCCUUGCAUAUAACAAUUCCAAGAUAAGUAACCUUAUCUUUAACUGGGAUACCAUAUACGUCCUGUAAAACACAAUCCUUGAGUGGAAAUAAGACUGAUUUAUUGAUAUUAAUUUUCAAACCCGAAACUAAGGAAAAGUCUUCAAUACAGGAAACUGCUUUAGAAACCUCAUUCCUGUCUCUUAAAAAUAUGGUGGUAUCAUCAGCCAGUUGACAUAGUUUAAAUUCCUUGCAAAGUGCUGAAACACCUUAAAUUCCCUUUCUUGAUAUGAAGAGCCAUAAUUUGAGUAACCAAUAAAAAUACAAAUGGACUAAUUGGGCAGCCCUGCCUAAUGCCACGGCCAAUAUCAAAUCUUUGGGAUGUCCCGUGAGCUAAUUUUACAGAGCUAGUACAACCACUAUAUAAAGUUUGGACUGCUUUCAGAAAAUAGUCUCCAAACCCCCAAAAAACCUAUUGCUUUGAACAUAAACUCAUGUUCUACAGUGUCAAAAGCUUUAUAAAAAUCAACAAACAUAAGAAUACUAUCAUCAAGGAUGAGGUCAUUAUAGUCAAUCAUAUCUAAGAUCAACCUGAUGUUAUUACUAAUGUGUUGAUCAUGCAUAAAACCAGAUUGUUAUUCAUCAAUUAUAUGAUGCAAGCCUUGUUUCAACCUCUUAGCAAACACAAGGGCAAAUCAUUUCCCAUCAUUAUUCAACAGGCUAAUGAGUCUCCAGUUGUCUAUAUAAAGAGUAUCCUUAUUAGGUUAGGGAAUCAAAGUAAUUACACCUUGCUAUUUAAGGAAGCCAAGAAUGUUCUUGGUCGUACUGAUGGUGAGUUGACGCUGCUCUUAUGUUCAGUAGUUCUUCUCGACUGUAUGUAAUGAAACCUAAGAUGACCUGGGGUACUAAUGUAAGAAAUAACGCGUAAAAAAAACAAAAAACUGCAUAGUUUCCUAGGAACGCGAAGCGAGGUGGCCAUCUCUGUCGGCGCCGGAAGUAACAUUUCUGUUUUGCAGGGUUCGUGAUCGUCGACAGGUGGACAGCGACAGCGACUUCGAAGAGGAAACAACUGUCCUGGAUGAAGUCUAGUUGGAUGUGGUGUUCCACAGCUGACAGUCCUCCUUGAUGUCCAGAAUACUGCUAUCAUCCUUGAGGAUGUGCCAGAUGUGCAGACUAUCCUUGAGCAGGCCACUGGCAAUUGGCAGUUGAUUCAGAUUAGGUUCAGCCCCCUGUACUGUGGGCCUGUAGUGAUCAGGCAGGUGGUAGUGAGGAUGCACCACGUGAGUAGUGUGAGAGUCCUGGAGACUCAACUGGUGUGGGCCAUCUCUAAGGAGACAGCCAGGCUUAGUCCAGAGGGCAUCCCCUACUGUGCCACCAAAGUGCAGUCCAUCACUUGGAUCCAGGAUGCCGGUGGGCGGAGUUGGGAGGGUCGUCAGCUACAUGGGAAACACCUGGGCCAGCGUGUGUCUGGCAGGGUGACCCACUAUGCGUCUCACCUCCGCCACGAGACGUCUGUGGACGUGACGCUUGGCUGCUACCAGAAGUCUAAUGUCUCAGGGGUGUAUGCCACUGUCCACAUGGGGCUGGAUGGGCUUCUCUCCUCUUCAGCGUGGUUGGAGGCUGCCUCCUUCUCUACGCCCACCACUCAGCAGUUCACUGACCCAGAGCCUGAGGGCCACAACUGCUAUGAGGGCUGGGAGGAGGACCUGCUGCCUGAGGAGAGGGAGGUUCCUCUGCUAAACCGCUACCUUACCACCAAGAGAGUGGAGGACAACUCCCUGAGGCUCGUCUCCCUGUGCCAGGCCUUCACUGACGAGGCCAAGUUCAUCGGUACCCAUAACGACUUUGUGGACUACCUGAGUGACCCCUCCAAACGGAAUUACAUUGAGACUGGCUGGCUGAGGCAAAGAUCCAUCAUGUGAACAUGAUCAAUGUCCUCUUUGAGCUGGUGCUGUUUGGGAUGAUGACAGCUCAGAAGUCCCUGAUGGUGCACCCUGGUGGGUUCGUGGAGCGUCUGUACGCUCUCCUGUACUCCUUCCUGCGUACUGCUGCCAACAUGGAGCCAGAGGCCGACAGAUACCUGCUGCUGCUCAAUGAUUCUUGUGACACUUUGCCACCCAACAGGGAUCUAGACACCAAUGCACUACAUUACUUUGCACUGAAUUUGACAUUUUUAAAUAAAAUAAGUUGUAGUUCAAAAACAUUUUUGUUUUUAUGUCUUUUCAUCUAUUUGAUUUUAUGACUAUUUCCUCUUCCUAGAGGUAUAAUGCUAAUAUUAGAUUACAUGAACAAUGAUGCUUUAUCUGCAUAUGGAAAUAAAAAACAACGUUUAGUUGAUUUUACAGCUACUGCAGGCCCACACUUUAUAUGGUUUUGUACUGUGGUUUGAUACUGUAC